AUGGGGGCAUCACUGGCUGUCAAGCCGGGGGCCACACACCGGUUCUGCGGCUUCUUCCAUGUCCGCACACUGGCACUGUGCAUCGGCGCGAUAGAGAUUAUAUAUCUCAUCUACCAGACGAUCCUUGUAUCUGAUGACUUGGUGGGUCGACCAUCAGCGCUGUCCGCUUCAUUGCAUGCAUUCGCCGUCGCACUGGCGUUCGUCGCCGUGGGCCUUCAUUUGUUCGGCAUAUUCCGGCGGACACCUACAUUAUUAAUACCGCAUCUAUUAAUGCAGAUUCUGACCAUCUUGGCCCUGUUCGGGAUGUGUCUGUUCAGCCUCUACGCGCUGCUCGUCGGCACUUCCGUCAAGGUCAACUUGACGUUAGAAGGCGAUCUGCGAACAGAGGGACUACAAGCAAUAUCCCAUCUGCCACGACUUCCGCUUCCACGAAUCCCGGUCACGCGGCUCUCGGCCCUGCUCGUCGGGCUUCUCAUCAUCGUGGCCGUGUUCUACACGGCGGUGGCGAUGCUUACGAUCUGGUGCUUCCACGUGGCGCUCGAUUGCUAUCGGUGGUUGGUUGUCCAUCUGGCCGAGAAAGCGCAAAAUAUUACAGCCAACGGCCAUCCCCCAAUCAUCGUUGACACCGGCAAAAUGGGCCAUGUACCCGCAGAAGCA